AUGGUUCCUAACAUUAGAUUUGUUUUUUGUUACAGUGCAGGGAAUGCUUGUACAAGAAGGCAUCCUCACCCAAAGCAUGGGGUCGAAUUCGUUCCAACAUCAGAUGGAACUCCACCCGUUUUCGAAAGAGUUUUUUCUAAUGCAAGAUUUGCUCAAGGAGGUAAUGCGUUAUUUGAAGGGCGAGUUGUAGGACAGCCCAAACCUGUGGUAUCAUGGACUAGAAAAGGUGCUCCCUUAUUAGAAUCUGCCAAAUAUAAGUUGAAGUAUGAGGAACAAACAGGGAAUGUUUCUCUACAAAUCAACAAUAUUGGCCCAGGUGACGAGGGUGAAUAUACUUGUACAGCAAGGAACCAACUUGGCGAAGCAAUUUGCUCUGUAUACAUACAGCCCGAAGGUUUUGCUGUACCAGCCCACCAACAAGGAAUACGACAAGAAAUGACACAAAUUAAACAAACACAACAAACCUUGCAAGGGGGUUAUCAGCAAACGCAAACUACACAACGAACUCAACAAGUUCAACAGACAAUGCAGUACUCAAAUGGAUUUACAACCAUUGAAGAAGACUUUAAAGUAGACACAUUCGAAUAUAGGAUAUUACGUGAAGUAUCAUUCCGAGAAUCACUGACCAGACGAUUUGUUGGAGAAAGUGAUGCUAUCCUCGAAACAAGAAUAGACCCUAUGCUCGGGCCCCCGGCUCCUCCCCAGGUCCAGACCAAACCGAGAAAUUCAAAACAGACUGAAGGCGCUGAUGUAGUGUUUACUGCAAAGGUUCCAGCGAAUCCGAGACCCAGAUUGACAUGGUUCAAGAAUGGAAAGAGAGUUGUUUCAUCGCAGAAACAUCAAACGAGCUACACGAAUCAACAAGCAUCUUUAAAGGUAAAUCAAGUUUCUGCUCAAGAUAGUGGACAUUACACUCUUCUUGCAGAAAAUCCUCAAGGAUGUGUGGUGACUUCAGCAUAUUUAGCUGUAGAGCCAUCCAGAACACAAGAGCAGUUUUAUGAAAGAGAGAUAUCAAAGACUGAGGAAACCGUCGAAGGAAAAAUGAUUGCCCCAAAUUUUGUAAGGGCAUGUGCCGAUAGAGACGUUACUGAGGGAAAAAUGACAAGAUUUGAUUGUCGUGUCACUGGGCGACCAUAUCCUGAAGUGACAUGGUAUAUCAAUGGAAGACAAGUUACUGAUGAUGCUACUCACAAGAUAUUAGUUAAUGAAUCAGGCAACCAUGCACUCAUGAUUACAAAUAUAUCAAGAUUAGACUCUGGAACAGUGACAUGCAUUGCAAAAAAUAAGGCUGGAGAAUCAUCGUUUGAGUGCAAGUUAAACGUGAUAGAGAAGGAACUUGUAGUAGCUCCUCAAUUUGUUCAAAGAUUUUCAGGAAUUUCAAUCAAAGAAGGAGACUCCUUCAUGUUAACAGCUAGAGCAGUUGGCACACCAAUUCCAAAUAUAUCUUGGCAGAAGGAUGGGGUGCCAGUGCAGAGUGGUGCUGGUUUGAGAAUCACCAUCGACGGUGGUAGCAGUUCUCUAGAAGUAAUCGACGCUAAGACAACAGAUGCAGGUUGGUAUCAGUGCACUGCUCAAAACAUGGCUGGAUCGACAGCAACAAGAGCUCGAGUCCAUGUUCAAAAGAUCAUCAAGCAAGAUACCAGUCAGCCAUCAAGGCUCCACCUUCCCACUCCAACAACAGUUAUCCAACCUGAACCUGCCCCAGAACCUGAGAUCAUCUAUCUGCGCCAUGUUGAACGUGCUGCCCCUAAGGCACCACGCCAUGAGGAAGAGAGGCGUUAUCCACCUCCCCAGUUCAUAAUCCCAUUAACCGAUGCCACUCAAGUAGAGGGUAGUAGGAUCCACUUAGAAGCAAGAGUAGAGCCUGUAGGAGACCCAACGAUGAAUGUCGAUUGGUAUCACAAUGGGAGACCUCUACCUGCAAGUUCACGACUUACUACAACCUUUAGAUUUGGAUUUAUUGCUUUAGAUCUUCUUAGUGUUGUACCUGAAGAUGCUGGAGAAUAUACUUGUGUUGUUCAGUCAAGUACUGGUCAUGUUCAGUCAACUUCUAAAGUUACUAUUACAAGCCGCGCUAGCAUAGAAGCUAAAUCACAAUAUCCUGAGAGCCUCGAAUACAUUCGGCAACUUGAAGAUUAUUCUAAGUAUCAAAGAUCAGAAUCAGUUGAAGAAACAACAUCAGCUAGGCCGGUAUUCAUUAGGCCACUGCGUGAUAUAGGGCAGACUCAAGAAGGACGCAAUGCCCACUUUGAGGGUCAAAUAACUCCAGUUUCAGACCCAACAAUGAGAGUAGAUUGGUUUAAAGAUGGAAAACCAAUCACUGCAAGUUCAAGAAUAACUACCAUUUGCAAUUUUGGAUACGUAUCUCUUAAUAUUCUUCAUCUCCGAUCUGAAGACUCUGGUAUCUACACUGUACGAGCUGUCAACAGGUGGGGAGAGGCAGUAUCACAAUCUACACUCAUUGUUAUAGCAAGAAGCAGUGUAACAAGUGAACUUGGCAUUCCUGAACAACAACGAUAUAUUGAGUCUGUUGAAGCCCUUGAAGGCUACCUCAGUUCAUCACAUCGAACUCAACCAGAACCUCCUGAGAGUACCCAACCACCAGUUUUCCAGAGUCCAAUCAAAGACCAAGGUGUUAGAGAAGGAGGUUUUGCUCACUUUGAAGCUAGGCUUGAACCUGUUGGUGAUUCUACUCUUAGGGUUGAAUGGAUGAAAGAUGGAAGACCAGUUGAAGCAAGUUCUCGCAUAACAACAUUCUUCAAUUUUGGAUAUGUUGCUCUUACAAUUAAAUCCGUUGCUACGCAUGAUGCUGGAAAGUAUACAUGCCGUGCUUAUAAUAUGCUAGGAGAAGCAACAACAUCAGCUAUUCUAAAUGUAAUAUCCAAACAGGAUUCUGUCAUUUUUGAUAGCCAGCAUGCUUCAAGUCUUCAGAAAAUACAACAUCUAGAAGAUUCAAGCCGAUACAUGAAAAGUAAACAAGAGGAAGUCACUGUUACACAGAAACCCAGGUUUUUGGGUCCAUUGAAGGGUACAAACAAAAUUGUCGAAGGCCAACGUGCCCAUUUUGAAGCAAGAGUAGAACCACUUUCUGAUACUACAAUGAGGGUUGAAUGGUAUUUUAAUGGAAAAAUGCUCCAAACUGCUAAUAGGAUUCAAACUUACCAUGAUUUUGGUUAUGUAGCCCUAGACAUCAUGAGUGUAAGGGCUGAAGAUGCUGGCACAUACACAGUUGUUGCUAGAAAUGCAUUAGGAGAAGCUCAGCUAUCAGCUACCAUGCAAGUAGAAACCCGUUCUGGGAUCGACACUAGAAGUAUGCAUCACGGUGCUUAUGAUAAGACAAAACAUAUGGAGGACAGAACCCAUAUUGAACCCCAGUACAAUAUUGAAGAGAUUUCAAAAUCACGACCUAUUUUUGUUCAACCUCUUUCAGAUAUUGCACCAAUUUCUGAAGGAAAAAAUGUACAUUUAGAAUGUAGACUUGAACCAAUGGGAGAUCCAACCAUGAGAGUAGAAUGGUUUCUUAAUGGAAAACCCAUAACUGUUGGUUCACGAUUCCGUACCUAUUAUGAUUUCGGUUAUGUUGCAUUGGAUAUUAUUCAUGUAACUUCUCUUGAUUCUGGAGAAUACACUGUCAGAGCUACUAAUCAUCUUGGUUCUGCUCAUACUUCUGCUUGUGUUCGAGUUAUGAGUCGAUCUGAUAUUUUAACUGAAACUCAGAAUGAAUCAUCACUAGAACAGAUUGAACUUCUUGAAUCUCGUGGCAGAAGGGUUGAACGAGAGGAGGCAGUAAUCGCUGCACCUCCAGUUUUUACCCGUCCUUUACAUAAUAUAGAAACACUUGAAGGAACAAAUGUUCAUCUUGAAUGCCGUUUACAGCCAGUUGGAGAUUCUACAAUGAGAGUAGAUUGGCUUGUGAAUGGUAAACCAGUUCGUAUUGGACACAGAUUCCGACCAGCCUAUGAUUUUGACUAUGUAGCUCUUGAUUUAUUAUCUGUUUACCCUGAAGAUUCAGGUGUCUAUACUUGCAUAGCCAGAAACCACUUAGGAGAGGCUGUGACUUCUUCAUCAGUCAGAGUUAUUGCUAAAAAAGAUCUUUUGCUGGAAUCACAGCAUCCAGGAGGAUUAGAGAAAAUCCAGUAUUUGGAAGAUUCUUCUCGCUACAAAAGAGCAGAUGUUGUUGACGAGAUGGUUACAAUUAAACCAAAGUUCAUCACAAAGCCUAAAUCUAUCGAAGGUCUGAGAGAAAGUGGUCAUGCUCACUUUGAAUGUAAAUUAGAACCUGUUACUGAUUCAAACUUAAAAGUUGAAUGGUUCAAAAAUGGUAGACCCAUUAUUGUUGGACAUAGAUUCCGUCCUAUUCAUGACUUUGGCUAUGUGGCCCUUGAUAUCAUUGACACAAUUGCUGAAGACUCAGGUAUCUACACAUGCAGAGCCACCAACCUAUUAGGAACUGAUGAAACGUCUUGCUCUUUAAAGUGUCUAAGAUCUUCACAAAUAGUUACCACUACUCAGAAUGAAGCAGGUUUGGAACAGAUACAAUAUCUUGAAGAUAGGAGUAAAUACCAGAGAAAGGAUGAAAUAGAAGAAACCACACGGCAGGCGCCGGUCUUCACGACUUCACUCAAACAGUGUGAAAUUCGGGAAGGCCAGAGAGCACACUUUGAAUGCCGUCUUAUUCCAGUUUCUGAUAACACCAUGAAAGUAGAGUGGUUCCACAAUGGACAGCCUGUUAAAUCAGGUUCACGAUUCACUGAAACAAAUAACUUUGGUUUUGUUGCUCUUGAUAUUCUUCAUUGCUUGCCCGAAGAUUCAGGAACGUAUACUUGCAGAGCUAAAAAUGUCAAUGGAGAAGCAGUCACAUCAUCAAACCUUAAUGUCCAAUCUCGAAAAUCUAUAUAUCUUGAGUCACAACAUGAAUCUGCUCUAAGCCGGCUCAAUCAGUUUGAGACAAGGGAAUACCAUGGCCCAAGUGGUCCUGAAGAAGCUCCAAGCCAACCACCUGUGUUUACUCAACCAUGCCGUGAUCAGAGGCUUGCCGAAGGGGCUAGUGCCCACUUUGAAGCAAGGCUUAUUCCAGUUGGAGAUGCUAGGCUGAAAGUUGAGUGGUUAAGAAAUGGCGUUCCAAUUCAAGCCUCUAAUCGCAUUACAACCAUGCAUGACUUUGGAUAUGUUGCACUUAAUAUGAAACAUGUUUAUCCAGAAGAUUCAGGUACAUAUACCUGCAGAGCAGUUAAUGAUCUUGGACAAGCCGUAACAUCAGCUACACUUCUUGUCCAAUCUAAAGCAUCACUACUUACUGAAAGUCAGCAUGAAGCUGCUUUGCAGAAACUACAAGCCCUUGAAGAUUCAUCUAAAUACAGGCGUACUGAAGAACAAGAAAUCAUUGUCACCCAGAAACCAAGUUUUAGUGUUCAACUCAAUGGUCCUACUUCACUUUUGGAAGGACAAAGUGCUCAUUAUGAAUGCCGAGUUGAACCUUAUCCUGAUGCAAACCUUAAAGUAGAAUGGUUUCACAAUGGAAAACCAUUACAAACAGGUCAUCGAUUCCGUACAGCCUUUGACUUUGGAUUUGCUACACUUGACAUACUUACUGUUUAUGAAGAAGAUAAAGGAGAGUAUACUUGCAGAGCAACAAACAAACUUGGACAGGCUGUGUCUUCAGUUAAACUUAAUGUCCAAUCAAGAGCAUCAAUUAUAAGAGAUACUCAACACAAGGAAGCCCUCCAAAGAAUUCAGUAUCUUGAGGAUGACUCGCGUUAUAAACGCACAACCGAUGAAGAAGUUACAAUUCAUGAAAGGCCCGAGUUCGGCAGACCACUGAAGAAUAUCGAACAUCUUCCUGAAGGUAGAAUGGCUCAUUUAGAAGCAACACUGACUCCAGUCAAUGAUGCAACAAUGAAAGUUGAAUGGUUUAGAAAUGGAAGACCAAUACCUCAAGGACAUAGAUUCAAAACAACUUAUGAUUUUGGCUUUGUCGCCUUAGACAUUUUAUAUGCAUACGCUGAAGACUCAGGUACUUACAUGUGUAAAGCCAGAAAUGUUGCUGGUGAAGCUGUAACAACAUGCUCUAUCCAAGUUGACUCUAAGGAAGGUCUUCAGCUUGAUACCCUCGAUGAACAGAGGCUAAGGAAAAUUAAAGAACUUGAACACUAUGAAAGACCAAGACAAGAGGAAGUCGAACCUAUCCCUCAGAAGCCUGUUUUUAUUACUCCACUCAACAGCCUUGAAAAUCUUAAAGAAGGAGACCAUGCUCACCUGGAAUGCCGUGUUGAACCGAUUUCUGAUGCCAACUUGCGAAUUGAAUGGUUCGUCAAUGGCAAAGCAAUUAAGACUGGACAUCGUUUUAGAACAACUCAUGAUUUUGGUUACGUUGCUCUGGAUAUUCUGUAUGUUUAUGCAGAAGAUUCUGGAACUUACAUGUGCAAAGCCACUAAUCUCAUGGGAGAAGCUGUCAAUACUUCAACAAUUCGAGUUCAAUCUCGGCAUAAUAUUCUAUUAGAAACUCAGCACCCUGAAGGGUUGGAAAAGAUUCGUGAGCUGGAAGCUCAAGGUCAUCCAACAAGACUUGAAUUAGAGGAACCAUUACCAAAUCCACCCAGAUUUAUUACACAAUUAAGAGGUACCACAGAAAUCGCAGAAGGAGGUACUGCACAUUUUGAAGCUCAAAUUGAACCAUUACAUGAUCCCAAUCUCCGUGUUGAAGUUUACCACAAUGGCAAGCCACUUGGUUCUGCUUCGAGGUUCCACAUCACUUUUGAUUUUGGCUAUUUUGCCCUUGAUGUUGGACAUUGCCUUGCCUCAGAUGCUGGUGAAUACACUGUCAAAGCAAUCAAUAAACUUGGAUCAGCUGUUUCAUCAACAACCCUAAAAGUUGUUGAGCGAGGCAGCAUAAUACUUGAUUCACAACGGCCUGAAGGACUUGAGAAGAUACGAGAAUUGGAAAGGGAGGCUCCGAAGAGACCUGAAGCGGUUGAACCAGUCACUAGACAGCGUCCUGUGUUCACUCAGCCAUUGCAGAAUAUUGAUACUAUAGCAGAGGGGCAGACGGCGCACUUUGAAUGUCGCCUCAUCCCCGUCGGGGAUCCGACGCUGAAGGUCGAAUGGUUUAGAAAUGAGAAGAUACUUGAGGACAGUUCACGAAUCACAAAAACACACGAUUUUGGAUAUGUAUCUAUGGAUAUGACACAUGUUCGUGAAGAAGAUGAAGGUGUCUACAUGUGCAGGGCAUCAAAUGCUCUUGGUGAAGCUGUUACCACAGCUUCCAUGAAGAUUAAAUCCAAAGCAUCCAUACAAAUCGACACUCAGCACCCUGAAGGCAUGAGAAAAAUCAGACAACUUGAAGAAGGACGUGGCCCAUUAAAGCCUGAGGAUGUUGAACCAACAUUUGAAAAACCCAUCUUCACCCAAGUUUUAACUGGCCCUUCAGAACUCUGGGAAGGACAGACCGCUCACUUUGAAGCCAGGGUUGUACCAAUUGGUGAUCCAACGAUGAGAUACCAUUGGUAUGUCAAUGGCACAGAGCUCAAAAUGGGUUCAAGAUUCCAUGUAACACAUGAUUUUGGUUUUGUAACCCUUGACAUCAUGUCUACAGUACCAGAAGAUUCAGGUUUAUAUAUGUGCAAAGCUAUUAAUGCUGCUGGAGAAGCUGUUUCAUCAACAACUUUGAAAGUGAAACCAAGAUCAGCUAUUUCUGGUGAACCUAUUCAACCAGAGGCAUGGCAGAAGAUCAAAGACAAGGAAGCUGCUCUUGGUGCAAAACCAGAAAGACCUGAGGAACCAAUCGCUAAUAUGCCACCCAUAUUUACCAGACAUCUUACCAACCAGGAGAACCUUACUGAAGGAUCCCAUGUAUACAUAGAGGCUCAAGUGGAGCCUAGAAAUGAUCCUAACCUCAGGAUAGAAUGGUACAAAAACGGAAAAUCUCUUACAACUGGUACUAGAAUUAGGACUACAUUUGAUUUUGGUCUUGUAACACUUUCUGUGAACGGAGUGAGACCUGAUGAUUCUGGUAUAUAUACAUGCAAGGCCAUUAAUAUGCUUGGAGAAGCAGUGUCAACUUGUACGAUCAAAAUUGAAGAUCGCCAUUGGCUCCUUGCAAAUUCACUGAGACCUGAAGCUUUACCACUAAUAGAUGCUCUUGAAGGCCCUAAAGAAGGUAGACCUGAGGCACCAGAGCCUGUAUUUGAAGGACCUGUUUUCAUAUCACAUCUUAACAAUGUGGUUUGUACUGAAGGAGAAAAUUCUCACUUUGAGUGUCGUGUUGAACCUGCUAAGGAUCCAACCCUUCAAAUAGAAUUCUUCGCAAAUGGGAAACCACUCCCAACUGGUUCUAGAUUCAAGGGAAAUCAUGAUUUUGGUUUUGUCACCCUUGAUAUCAAUUCAUGCUAUGCUGAAGAUUCUGGAGUUUACACUGUUAAGGCAACUAACAGCAAAGGCCAAGCCUCUACUUCGGGUACACUCAAGUGUACUAGUGGAACUGAUAUCUAUCUUCAAACUCAACAUCCAACUGGGCAAGCUGGUCUGGAGAAAGUGAAAGAAGUCGAUGAAUCAUUUGCAUCCAAAUACCAACGCCAAGUUUCUGGUCCAGAGAAAGAAUGGCCUAAGCCUGUUUGGACCAAACCACUCCAGCCAGAGUUUAAACUGGGUGAGGCCCAACCUCUUCACUUGGAGGCUACAGUUGAACCCAAGGAUGACCCUCAUCUAAGGAUAGAAUGGUUCUUCAAUGGAAAAAGCCUUGCACAUGGUUCACGAUUUAAAAUGACAAGUGAAUUUGGGUUUGUUACUCUUGAUUUAACUGAAGUCUAUGAGAGAGAUCAAGGAAUUUAUACUUGUAAAGCUUGGAAUAGAAGCGGUGAAGCGUUCACAUCAACAACAAUUUAUUGUACUAGUAAAACUGGUCUCAUUGAAAAAACACAACAUCCCAAAGGACAAGAAGGCCUUGGAAAGAUCCAGGAAUUAGAAGAAUCACUUAGAAGAGAAGAAGAGAAAGCAAUUACUCCAGAUGAAGGACAGCCACCUUCAUUUACCUCAAAGUUCCAAGAUAUUAAGAAUUUGAGUGAAGGUGAAAUCGCUCAUUUUGAAGCUUCAUUGGUUCCUGUUGGUGAUCAAAGCAUGGUAGUAGAAUGGUUUUACAAUGGAAAGGCAAUAGAAGCCAGCCAUCGAAUCAGAACAGUCCAUGCAUUUGGUAUGGUUGUCCUCGAGAUCUUGGGCACUAAAAUUGAAGAUUCGGGAACUUAUACCUGCAGAGCCACAAACAAAUGGGGCAAGGAUGAAAUAUCAGUCACUUUAGAAUGCAUAGAUGUCACUAAAGGGCAAAAACCACAAUUUACUACACAUAUUAAGAGCAUUGAUGGACUUAAAGAUGGAGAUUCCGUACACUUUGAGUGCACAUUAAUCCCUGUAGGUGAUCCAAACAUGAAGGUUGAAUGGUUUCACAAUGGACGUCCUAUUAGGCACUCCACAAGGAUCAAACAAGUUUCCGACUUUGGUUUUGUUCUGAUGGAUAUUGCUUAUACUCAGUCUCAUGAUACUGGAGAAUACGUUUGUAGAGCAAAGAACAAGUAUGGCGAAGAUUUUACAAGAGCACAUGUCACAUGUGUUGGAAAGGGAGGUGUCUACUUGGAAUCUCUUCAACCAGAAUCGCUCGCUAAGAUCAGAGAGCUCGAAUCAGCAGCAGCUCCAGGUGCCCAGAUUCCAACAACUCCUGUGAACGAGCCUCCAAGGUUCAUUACCCAAAUCACCGACAUCACAACUCUCAAAGAGGGACAAAGUGCUCAUUUUGAGGCCCGCCUUGUUCCUGUCAAUGAUCCUAAUCUUAAGGUUGAAUGGUAUUAUAAUGGAAAAAAGCUUCCUCAUGGUCAUCGUUACAGAACAUUCCACGAUUUCGGAAUAGUAAUUUUAGAUAUUCUAUACUGCUAUGCUGAAAAUUCAGGAGAAUACGAAGCAAGAGCAACCAAUCUUGUUGGUUCUGAUUCGACUAAGGCUAUACUCAGAUGUUCAUCUAAAGCAAGUCUCAUCCUUGAAUCCCAACUUCCAGAAGGUAUGGAAGGUGGUCUGGAGAAAAUCCAGGACUUGGAAGAUGCUAUGAUUAGAACUAAAAAAGAGCAAGUUACUGAAGAUAAGAAGCAAGUGCCUGUCUUUACUGUUCCUUUAUCUAACAUUGACAGCCUCCGUGAAGGUGAAAGUGCACACUUUGAGGCCAGGUUGAUACCAACAGAUGAUCCAAGGCUAAAGGUUGAAUGGUUUUGGAAUAACAAACCAUUAAGGACUGGUUCACGGUUCAGAACAUUCCAUGAUUUUGGAUUUGUCAUCUUAGAAAUUUCUCCAGUUUACCCAGAAGAUUCUGGUGAAUACUCAUGCCGUGCUACCAACCAAUGGGGACAGGCUGUCACUACCUCGACAAUGAAAGUUGAAGGCAAGCGUUCAAUCAUCAUAGAGUCCCAACUUCCAAAAGGUAUGGAAGGAACAAUAGAAAAGAUUGCUGAAUUAGAGGGGCUUGGUUCCUCUACUACCGGACCUAUUCCAGAAGAUGAUGUUGGAAAACCACCUGAGUUCAUUACCAGCCCUUCCGAUCAAACUCUUGUCGAGUAUUCAGUCGCACAUUUUGAAUGUCGCCUUAUUCCAUUGAAUGACCCAUCCCUAAGAGUUGAAUGGUUCCACAAUGGCAAGCCUCUCACUGCUGGUUCUAGGUUCAAAACCAUAAAUGAUUUUGGAUUUGUUAUUCUUGAAAUAGCUCAAAUUGAUACAAGAGAUUCUGGCUUGUACACUUGUAAGGCAACGAACAAGCAUGGUGAAGCUAUAGUGUCUUGUAAACUUGAUGUCAGAGGUAGGCAAAGUAUAAUCAUGGAGCCUCAACUCCCUAACACAUUCAGUUCUGGAACAGAAAGUAUUCAGAAGCUUGAAGAGGAGCUUCACAAGAAAGAAGAACUGUUAGAACAAGAAGAAAGACCAAAUCCUCCGAAGUUUAUUGUUGAAAUUGAGGAUGCUGAAGUAAUUGAAGGAGGAAAGGCUCAUUUUGAAUGCCGAGUAGAACCUGUUGGUGACCCAACUAUGAGAAUUGAUUGGUUCUUCAAUGGACGGCCAUUUGCUACUGGAUCAAGGGUCCAUAUGAUAAAUGACUUUGGCUAUAUUGUCCUAGAUAUGGAUUACAUUUAUGCUAGAGAUUCUGGAGAAUAUCUUUGCAGGGCAACAAACCGAUGGGGAACUGCUACUACUAGAGCAGCUCUUAUCUGCAAAGCUAAGCAUGAUGUAAUUUUGGAAUCACAAUUGCCACAUGGAAUGACUGGAGAAAAACUUAAAGAACUUGAAAAAGGACAUGUAACUGAACCAGGACCUGAGUCUCCAACUCCAAAAGAACCUCCUAAAUUUAUUACUCAGAUAAGUUCAGCUACAGUUGGAGAAAAUGAACCCGUCCGCUUUGAGUGUCGUGUAGAGCCCAAGUCAGACUCCACAAUGAGGAUUGAAUGGUAUAGGAAUGGAAAAUUAUUGCCAUCUGGGCAUAGGUACAGAACACUCUUUGAUAUGGGAUUUGUGUCGCUUGAUAUACUAUAUGUCUAUCCAGAGGACUCAGGAGAGUAUGUCUGUCGGGCUGUUAAUGCAUAUGGAGAGGAUUUCACCAGAGCCACUGUAUCUUGCAAGAAGGUACCAAGUAUUAUCUUACAAAAUCAAGUACCAAAGGGAAUGAAAAAAUCAGAACAACUAAUGCAGAUGGAAGCUACCAUUAAAAAAUAUACUUCUGAAGUUCAUUUGACAGAGGAGGAUCUUUAUGAACCUGAAAGAAAACAGCCUCCAAGGUUUGUGACUCAGAUUCAAGACCAAACUGAGUUGGUUGAAAUGGAAGCAACAAAAUUUGAAUGCCAACUUGCCCCUGUGGGUGAUCCAAAUAUGAAAGUUGAAUGGUUUUUCAAUGGAAAACCAUUACAUCACAAAAACAGAUUUACUCCAAUUUAUGAUUUUGGAUAUGUGGCAAUGAAUUUCGGUUGGAUUUACCCUGAAGAUUCUGGUGAAUACCUUUGUAGAGCUACUAAUCUUUAUGGCCAGGAUGAAACAAGAGCUAUCAUCAAAACAACUGGAAAGCCUGGAAUUAUUUAUGAAUCACAACUUCCUAAAGGAAUGAAAAGUAUUGAGAAAAUCAGAGAAAUGGAGGCCUCCUGGCAAGUAGUUGCUGAAGAAAAAGAAGAAGAAACCAAAGAAAAGGAAAAACCAGUAUUUGUUUCAAAACCAGAAGCUACCAUUGUUAAUGAGGGAGAAUGUGCAAGAUUCUGUUGCAGGGUAACUGGAUACCCACGCCCUCGUGUGAUGUGGCUUAUUAACAAUAAUACUGUCAUAAAUGGUACUCGAUACAGACUCACAUAUGAUGGAAUGUGGCAUCUUGAUAUCCCUAAAACAAGGCAAUAUGAUCAAGGUAAAAUUGAAGUUGUCGCAAGAAAUGCUGCUGGAGAAACUAGGGUUGAAACCACUCUGACUGUAAAACCUAGGGGCGAUGACUACAGAGGUGUCCUUAAGAACUCUCCAAGGCCUUGGUAUGAUGUGGAGCUCGCUCAGUAUCAGGCCGAAAGGCAGGAGACUGAAUUGGAAAAGGUGUUUGAAGAGAGAGCAGCAACUCACCCGGAAGUGACUCCUGAGCUACUCCGCCAUAGAACUGGGCAGACCAUAAAAGAACCAGAACCAGAAUGGACCCAAGGAGUCAAAAAUAAAAAGAGUGAAGAAUAUUAUUCUAAAAUACGUGAGUUGGAAGAGGGACAAAUUGUGAAAGAAAAUAGAAUCAGAGAAGCUUCUCACCAAUUUGCUAUUCCUGGGGAAAAAAUCACAAAAAAAUCUGUUGCCCGAGGAAUGGCUCAAAGUUAUGAGGACAGCUUGGUAAAGGAAGAACCUGAGUUAAUGCCAUGGCAGAAAGGAAGGAACUUGAAAAAAACUGGAAAACUCUAUGAAGAAGAUGACACUGUACAGCAAGAUACUACAGUUGAAAAGGUUAUAGAAAAACGACCUUUACCUGGACCUCUUGAAUCUACUGUUCAUGGUAAAGAAGUUCACACUGCUGUACAAAAACAAACUCAGAAAGAGGUGAAAGGAGACCAGGAAAUAACUAGAAAAAUCUCAACAACUGAAACAACUGAAGUAGAACACAAGGCUACAACUCAAGAAAGGGUGGUUCAAGGACAAGUGAAACCAGCAAAGCCACCUGUGUUUACUCGGAAGAUCCAACCAGUAAGAGCUUUCGAACAAGAACAAGCUAGAUUCGAAGUAGAAUUUGAUGGAGAUCCACUGCCCACUAUCAAGUGGUAUAGAGAGGACUUCCCCAUCACUAGUUCAUCCGAUUUACAAAUUCAUACUUUUUCAACUAAAUCAGUUCUCAUACUGCGGCAAGUUUACCUUGAAGAUUCUGGUGUAUUUUCUGUAAUAGCUGAAAACCGUGGUGGAAGAGCAAAAUGUUCUGCUAACCUUGUUGUCGAAGAGAAAAGGCGAGCUGGUCGUACAGGUGCCAUCCCACCAUCAUUCCUUACUACUGUCCAGGAUGGAAGAAAGAUAACUGCUGACAUUAGGUAUAAGACCUUAGAAGAAGACAAUGUGUACACAUUACUCAUCAUUGAAACUGCUCUUGAAGAUUCUGGUAAUUAUGAAUGUGUGGCAAUCAAUUCAGCUGGGGAAGCUCGUUGUGAAGGUCAGCUCAUCGUUGAAGAAGACAGGAAAAAAGGACCUGCGCCAAGUGGUGCGGGUCAGGGUGCUGCACCUUCCGUAGUUCAACCUCUCACUGAUCAGACCAAACAAGAAGGCCAAUCUGUUGUCUUCAGAUGUAGGAUUGCUUCUAAACAAGCCGUUCAAGUACAAUGGUACAAAGGACCAGAAGUCAUCAAACCCAGCAAGUACUUCCAAAUGGGCCGUGAAGGGUCCGAUACCUACACUUUGAGGAUCUCAGAAGUGUUCCCAGAAGAUGAGGGACAGUACAAGUGUGUUUUAAGUAAUCCUUCUGGACAACUUACACUUACUGCUAACUUGAAAGUCUUGGCACCUGAUACGAAUGAAAUAGCACCAACCCUUGUCCAAAUGAGGGAUGUUGUUGUUCAAGAAGGAAGUUCAGCUCAAUUCAGGACUCAAGUCAAUGGCAAACCAACCCCAACCAUUCAGUGGUACAGGGAAGGUGAUCUGAUUCCACAGUCUCCUGACUUUCAGAUGAUUCAUGAGGGUAAGAAUGUGGUCCUGUUAAUUGCUACAACUUAUGAAGAAGAUUCAGGCACUUUCACUUGCCGUGCAACCAACUCAGCAGGACAAGCAGAAACAUCUGCACGUCUUAUUGUCAAAAGAUUUGUGAGCUUCAAAGAAACCAAAGUGGUUGAUGAAAAGGGUAGUGACUACCAUAGUACUGUUAAAGAUAGGGUUUUCAGUUCUAUUUCAUCACCUGUUAGCUCAAACCAAGAAUUAGAAAAAAUAGAAGAUUCAAGACAAAAGGAUAGUGAAUCUAAAAAAACUGUUGGGUGGCGUAGACCCAGGGGAAGAUCUCUUGAUACAAGACCUACAAGUGCACCUUGGAGAAAAACAAGGGAAAGAUCAGCAGGAGCAAGGCCUCAGGAGAGAGCUAAGAUGGCUCCAGAAGAUAUUCCAGAAGCAAGUAACAUUACAUUUAAAUCUGUAACAAAACAUAAGACUGAAUUAAAACAAGCUACAAUCAAAUUAAAAGAUAUAAAUUCCAGAGUACUUGUAAAAGAUGAACAUAAAGAAGAAACAUUAGCAAAAACCGCUCCACAGAAAGGUGUACCUUGGACCCAAGAAAAAAUACAGUUAAAGAAGGCACCCAAAGAACACAAACCAGUCGAAAAAGAAACAUUAGAGACUGUUGAAUUAAAACCAACUAGACGGACUUCUAGAGACGUCACUGAUUCAAGUGAAGUAACUCUAAAACCAAUAACAAAAGAAAAGACUCUGCCAGGUCGACCCAAAGAACAAUCUGAAAUGGAAAAAUCUGAAACUGUUGAAGAUCAACCUAAAGAUGUUGAACUACCUUCAGUUCCUCAAAAAGGUGUACCUUGGACCCAAGAAAAAAUACAGUUAAAGAAGGCACCUAAAGAACCUAAGAAAAUUGAAAAAGAAACAUUAGAAAAAGUUGAAUUAAAACCAGCUAGACGGUCUUCUAGAGACGUCACUGAUUCAAGUGAAAUAACUCUAAAACCAAUAACAAAAGAAAAGACUCUACCAGGUCGACCACAAGAACAAUACAAAAUGGAAAAACCUGAAACUAUUGAAGAUCACCAUAAAGAUGUUGAACUACCAUCAGUUCCACAAAAAGGUUUACCUUGGACCCAAGAGAAAAUUCAGUUAAAGAAGGCACCGAAAGAACUUAAGAAAAUUGAAAAAGAAACAUUAGAAACUGUUGAAUUAAAACCAGCUAGACGGUCUUCUAGAGAUGUCACAGAAUCAAGUGAAGUCACACUGAAACCAAUAACAAAAGAACAUCCCAAAGAACAAUCAGAAGUGGAAAAACUUGAAACUGUUGGAGAUCAACCGAAAAAAGUUGAACUACCUUCAGUUCCACAAAAAGGUGUACCUUGGACCCAAGAGAAAGUUCAGUUAAAGAAGGCACCGAAAGAACUUAAGAAAAUUGAAAAAGAAACAUUAGAGACUGUUGAAUUAAAACCAGCUCGACGGUCUUCUAGAGAUGUCACAGAAUCAAGUGAAGUCACACUGAAACCAAUAACAAAAGAACAAUCUGAAGUUGGAAAACCUGAAACUGCUGGAGAUCAACCUAAAGAAGUUGAACUUCCUUCAGUUCCACAAAAGGGUGUGCCUUGGACCCAAGAAAAAAUACAGUUAAAGAAGGCACCGAAAGAACCAAAGAAACAGGAAAAAGAAACAUUAGAGACGGUUGAAUUAAAACCAGGUAGGCGGUCUUCUAGAGACGUUCCUGAUUCAAGUGAAGUCACACUGAAACCAAUAACAAAAGAACAGCCCAAAGAACAAUCAGAAGUGGAAAAACCUGAAACUGUUCGAGAUCAACCUAAAGAAGUAGAACUUCCUUCAGUUCCACAAAAGGGUGUGCCUUGGACCCAAGAAAAAAUACAGUUAAAGAAGGCACCGAAAGAACCAAAGAAAAUUGAAAAAGAAACAUUGGAAACUGUUGAAUUAAAACCAGCUAGACGGUCUUCUAGAGAUGUCACAGAAUCAAGUGAAAUCACACUGAAACCAUUAACAAAAGAACAUCCCAAAGAACAAUCAGAAGUGGAAAAACUUGAAACUGUUGGAGAUCAACCUAAAGAAGUUGAACUACCUUCAGUUCCACAAAAGGGUGUGCCUUGGACCCAAGAAAAAAUACAGUUAAAGAAGGCACCGAAAGAAUCAAAGAAAGUUGGAAAAGAAACAGUAGAGACGGUUGAAUUAAAACCAGGUAGGCAGUCUUCUAGUGAUGUUCCAGAUUCAAGUGAAGUCACACUGAAACCAAUAACAAAAGAACAAUCUGUAGUUGGAAAACCUGAAACUGCUGGAGAUCAACCUAAAGAAGUUGAACUUCCUUUAGUUCCACAAAAAGGUGUGCCUUGGACCCAAGAAAAAAUACAGUUAAAGAAGGCACCGAAAGAACCAAAGAAACAGGAAAAAGAAACAUUAGAGACGGUUGAAUUAAAACCAGGUAGGCGGUCUUCUAGAGACGUUCCUGAUUCAAGUGAAGUCACACUGAAACCAAUAACAAAAGAACAUCCCAAAGAACAAUCAGAAGUGGAAAAACCUGAAACUGUUCGAGAUCAACCUAAAGAAGUAGAACUUCCUUCAGUUCCACAAAAGGGUGUGCCUUGGACCCAAGAAAAAAUACAGUUAAAGAAGGCACCGAAAGAACCAAAGAAAAUAGAAAAAGAAACAUUAGAAACUGUUGAAUUAAAACCAGCUAGACGGUCUUCUAGAGAUGUCACAGAAUCAAGUGAAGUCACACUGAAACCAAUAACAAAAGAACAUCCCAAAGAACAAUCAGAAGUGGAAAAACUUGAAACUGUUGGUGAUCAACCUAAAGAAGUUGAACUUCCUUCAAUUCCACAAAAGGGUGUGCCUUGGACCCAAGAACAAAUACAGUUAAAGAAAGCACCAAAAGAACCAAAGAAAGUUGAAAAAGAAACAUUAGAGACAGUUGAAUUAAAACUAGGUAGGCGGUCAUCUAGAGAUAUUCCUGAUUCAAGUGAAGUCACACUGAAACCAAUAACAAAAGAACAGCCCAAAGAACUAUCAGAAGAGGAAAAACCUGAAACUGUUGGAGAUCAACCUAAAGAAGUAGAACUUCCUUCAGUUCCACAAAAAGGUGUACCUUGGACCCAAGAGAAAGUUCAGUUAAAGAAGGCACCGAAAGAAUCAAAGAAAGUUGAAAAAGAAACAUUACAGACAGUUGAAUUAAAACCAGGUAGGCGGACUUCUAGUGACGUUCCUGAUUCAAGUGAAGUAACACUGAAACCAAUAACAAAAGAACAAUCAGAAGUUGGAAAGCCUGAAACUGCUGGAGAUCAACCUAAAGAAGUUGAACUUCCUUCAGUUCCACAAAAGGGUGUGCCUUGGACCCAAGAACAAAUACAGUUAAAGAAGGCCCUGAAAGAACCAAAGAAAGUUGAAAAAGAAACAUUAGAGACAGUUGAAUUAAAACCAGGUAGGCGGACUUCUAGUGACGUUCCUGAUUCAAGUGAAGUAACACUGAAACCAAUAACAAAAGAACAAUCAGAAGUUGGAAAAUCUGAAACUGCUGGAGAUCAACCUAAAGAAGUUGAACUUCCUUCAGUUCCACAAAAAGGUGUACCUUGGACCCAAGAGAAAGUUCAGUUAAAGAAGGCACCGAAAGAACCAAAGAAAGUUGAAAAAGAAACAUUAGAGACAGUUGAAUUAAAACCAGGUAGGCGGACUUCUAGUGACGUUCCUGAUUCAAGUGAAGUAACACUGAAACCAAUAACAAAAGAACAAUCAGAAGUUGGAAAGCCUGAAACUGCUGGAGAUCAACCUAAAGAAGUUGAACUUCCUUCAGUUCCACAAAAGGGUGUGCCUUGGACCCAAGAAAAAAUACAGUUAAAGAAGGCCCUGAAAGAACCAAAGAAAGUUGAAAAAGAAACAUUAGAGACAGUUGAAUUAAAACCAGGUAGGCGGACUUCUAGUGACGUUCCUGAUUCAAGUGAAGUAACACUGAAACCAAUAACAAAAGAACAAUCAGAAGUUGGAAAAUCUGAAACUGCUGGAGAUCAACCUAAAGAAGUUGAACUUCCUUCAGUUCCACAAAAGGAUGUGCCUUGGACCCAAGAGAAAAUUCAGUUAAAGAAGGCACCCAAAGAACCAAAGAAAGUUGAAAAAGAAACAUUAGAGACAGUUGAAUUAAAACCAGCUAGACGCUCUUCUAGAGAAGCCACAGAAUCAAGUGAAGUCACACUGAAACCAAUAACAAAAGAACAUCCCAAAGAGCAAUCAGAAGUGGAAAAACUUGAAACUGUUGGAGAUCAAGCUAAAGAAGUUGAACUUCCUACAGUUCCACAAAAAGGUGUACCUUCAACACAGGAAAAGUCCCAAUUAAAGAAGACCGUUAAGAAAUCUACACAUGUGGAAAAAGAAACAUUAAAAACUUUUGAAACAUUAGAUGAAGGAAUGGUAAUAAGUGAUACUGUCAAUAUUAUAACAAAGCAGGAAUUCUCUUCAACAGACACCAAUAAUAAAUUUAAAACUCUUAUAGAAGAAAGAACUGAUGUACAAGAUAAAGAAAUAAUAAUUGAUGAAACAUUGCAAACUGAAGGCAAAGAAAGUUAUUUACCAUGGAGACCUAAACCUAAAGUUAUUAUGCCUGAUACAUCUGACCAAAGGGUUUUAAAGAUAAUUUGUGAGGUUAAGGAUACUGAGAUAAUUAAAAAGGAUACUGAUUAUACACAAAGUAUUACAGCAGAUCAAAAUGUUUCUAAAUCAGUUGAAGAUGUAAAAUAUGAUACUCUGAUUGAAGACAAAUCACCUAAAAAAGAGAAACAUGUGCAGUUUAUUUCUGAUAAACCUGAAGAAAUCAUAGGAGAAUUUUCUCCUGAGAAACCAAAACCAAAAAAAGGAAAGAAAAAAGGUAUUAUAAAACAUACAACCACAAAUGAAGGUAUUGAACAGAUAGCUGUUCUUCCUUCAAAUGAGGAAGAAUCAGACAUAGACGAAGAUGUACCUCUACAGCCGUUUGUUAGAUCAGAGUUGUCUGGUUCAAUUCCUGAAUUGAAAGAAAAGCCUGAGUUACCAUGGAGAAAGAAAAAAGAAAUAACUGAAAGUUAUGAGGUAGAUAAACAUGAAGAAGAAAGAAAAAUAUUUGAAAAGGAUAUUCCAGAAGUAGAAAAAACAGUAAAAUAUGCACAUGAUACCAGAAAAUAUGAAUCUAACAUUAUUCCUAAAGUAAAAGAAAAGUUACCAGAAGAUGAUAUACCUACUCCUUUUUGGAGAAGAAAGAAACCAGAAAAAAAGGAAACAGCAGAGCAACAAAUUCAACCAAAACCUGAAGAUAUUAUCUUCAAACCUGAAGAUGACCAAAUUACUCUGAUAGAAGAGCAAAAGGCCAUUGAGCAGGCAAAAACAAGCCCUAAAGACGAUGAUAAACAACCAGCAGAAGAUACAUCAGUUCCUAUCUGGAGGAGGAAGAAGAAACCUCAGAAAACUAUUGCUCCAGAUUCGGUAGAACAAAUUACUAAUGUAGAGAAAGACAAAGUCAUUGAGGAGAUAAAAACUAUACCUAUUAAAGAAGAGAAAGUGCCAGAAGAUGAAAUUCCUGCUCCUGUUUGGAGAAGCAAAAAGAAGCCAGAAAAAAAAGAAACAGUAGAGCAACAAAUUCAAUCAAAACCUGAAGAUAUUAUUUUCAAAACGGAAGAAGACAAAAUAACUCUGAUAGAAGAACAAAAAGUGAUUGAGCAAGUAAAACCUAGUCCUGAAGAAGUUGAAAAACAACCUGAAGAAGAUACUUCAGUUCCUAUCUGGAGAAGGAAGAAGACAAAACCUGAGAAAACUCCUGCUCCAGAAGUGAAGCAAGAAAUUCCUGAACAAAUCCCAGAUGAAAAGUUAAGUAAACAAAAGAAGAAGACACCCAAAACUAAGGUACCUAAGACAGAGGAUUCAACAGUUGUUGAAGAGAAGACUACACCUAUUAAGCCAAAGUCUGAAAAAUUAGUUCCAAUGAAAUUAGAAACUGUAUCAAUUGAGCCACAUAAAGUUAGUGUUGUUAAACUUUCAGAUCUCCCACACUUCGCUUCCAUCAAACUGAGAAAAGUAACUCUCCCUCCAAAGAAAGGUGCUCCUAAAACUACAGAACUUCCAAAGGUUCUACUUAAGAGCCGCAUUAAGCACUAUCCAUAUCCUCCUACUAUUCACUAUAUUAUAAUCAAGGAUCUGGAACCAAUAUAUGUUGAUAACGGUAUACUUUCCAGAAAUUAUGAAGAAGCUAAAAAGGUGAAGAAAACAACAAGAAGAAGAGUUAAACUUCCAAAGAGACCGGAAGCUGAAAUUGAAAAGUAUGAACCUUUUGAAGAACCGCCUAAACAACCUAAACCAGAAGCACCUCAAGAACCUAAAGAAAAACCAGAAAAGCCUGGAAAGCCUGAGCAACCCCAGGAAGAACCGAGAAAAUUAGUAAUGGGUAAAGGAAAACUACCUGAAGAACAAGAUGAAAAAGAAAUAGUUAGGUUGAAAAAGAUACCUGAGAAAAAGCCUGAUGAAAAACCAGAAGUUGAAAAACCUUCAAAGAAGCCUAAACCUGAAAAGCCAUUUAGUCUGGGCCCAUCUGAAGAUGUAUCGUUUAAAUUAAAACCACUGGAGGAUAUACCACCUGGUGAACGGCCUGAAGAUCUAGAGAAAGCUCCAAUAGAAUCUGAAGAGAUGCCAAAACCAGUCCCAGUAUUAGAAAAGAAAGAAAAACCCAAACCUCAGAAAGUAAAACCAGAAAAACCAGAGGAAGAUAGAAAGUUAAUCAUGGGUAAGGGUAAAGAAAAGCCCCCAGAAGAGGAUGAAAAUAUCAAGUUAAGGAAGAAGCAGGGUCCACCACCAGAAGAGAAACCAGAAACGAUUAAGCUUAAACCAUGGAAAAAGGAGAAACCUUCUCCGGAAGAAAAAGAUAAAGAACUUGAUGUUGGUAAACCUGAACCAUUUCCACGUGAUGAUGAUGAUAAGGAAUUAUCAAUGAGAAUACCAAAGGAUAAAGAUAAAAGAACAAGGAAAAAGCCUAAGGAUAAGGAACGAACUGAAGAAGAAAUACCGAAACCGGUUGAAACAGGUCUUCUUCCAAAGGAUGAAGAACUAACAGGUGAAAAGGAUAAACUAACUCCUGAAGUUACUGUAGCUCCCUCUGCAAAAGAUGAAAAACCUGUAUUGCCAGAAGAUGUUAAAGAAACUGAAGAAGAUACUUCAGUUCCUAUCUGGAGGAGGAAGAAGAAACCUCAGAAAACUAUUGCUCCAGACUCGGUAGAACAAACUACUGAUGUAGAGAAAGUGCCAGAAGAUGAAAUUCCUGCUCCUGUUUGGAGAAGCAAAAAGAAACCAGAAAAAAAGGAAACAGUAGAGCAACAAAUUCAAUCAAAACAUGAAGAUAUUAUUUUCAAAACGGAAGAAGAUAAAAUAACUCUGGUAGAAGAACAAAAAGUGAUUGAGCAAGUAAAACAUAGUCCUGAAGAAGUUGAAAAACAACCAGAAGAAGAUACUUCAGUUCCUAUCUGGAGGAGGAAGAAGAAACCUCAAAAAACUAUUGCACCAGAGGUAAAGGAAGAAAUUCCAGAACAAACCCCAGAUGAAAAGUCGAGUAAACAAAAGAAGAAGACACCCAAAACUAAGGUACCUAAGACAGAGGAUUCAACAGUUGUUGAAGAGAAGACUAUACCUAUUAAACCAAAGUCUGAAAAAUUAGUUCCAAUGAAAUUAGAAACUGUAUCAAUUGAGCCACAUAAAGUUAGUGUUGUUAAAGUUUCAGAUCUUCCACACUUCGCUUCCAUCAAACUGAGAAAAGUAACUCUCCCUCCAAAGAAAGAUGCUCCUAAAACUACAGAACUUCCAAAGGUUCUACUUAAGAGCCGCAUUAAGCACUAUCCAUAUCCUCCUACUAUUCACUAUAUUAUAAUCAAGGAUCUGGAACCAAUAUAUGUUGAUAACGGUAUACUUUCCAGAAAUUAUGAAGAAGCUAAAAAGGUGAAGAAAACAACAAGAAGAAGAGUUAAACUUCCAAAGAGACCGGAAGCUGAAAUUGAAAAGUAUGAACCUUUUGAAGAACCGCCUAAACAACCUAAACCAGAAGCACCUCAAGAACCUAAAGAAAAACCAGAAAAGCCUGGAAAGCCUGAGCAACCCCAAGAAGAACCGAGAAAAUUAGUAAUGGGUAAAGGAAAACUGCCUGAAGAACGAGAUGAGAAAGAAAUAGUCAAGUUGAAAAAAGAUACCUGAGAAAAAGCCUGAUGAAAAACCAGAAGUUGAAAAACCUUCAAAGAAGCCUAAACCUGAAAAGCAACUUAGUCCGGGCCCAUCUGAAGAUGUAUCGUUUAAAUUAAAACCACUGGAGGAUAUACCACCUGGUGAACGGCCUGAAGAUCUAGAGAAAGCUCCAAUAGAAUCUGAAGAGAUGCCAAAACCAGUCCCAGUAUUAGAAAAGAAAGAAAAACCCAAACCUCAGAAAGUAAAACCAGAAAAACCAGAGGAAGAUAGAAAGUUAAUCAUGGGUAAGGGUAAAGAAAAGCCCUCAGAAGAGGAUGAAGAUAUCAAGUUAAGGAAGAAGCAGGGUCCACCACCAGAAGAGAAACCAGAAACGAUUAAGCUCAAACCGUGGAAAAAGGAGAAACCUCCUCCGGAAGAAAAAGACAAAGAACUGGAUGUUGGUAAACCUGAACCAUUUCCACGUGAUGAUGAUGAUAAGGAAUUAUCUAUGAGAAUACCAAAGGAUAAAGAUAAAAGAACAAGGAAAAAGCCUAAGGAUAAGGAACGAACCGAAGAAGAAAUACCGAAACCAGUUGAAACAGGUCUUCUUCCAAAGGAUGAAGAACUAACAGGUGGAAAGGAUAAACUAACUCCUGAGGUUACUGUGGCUACCUCUGCAAAAGAUGAAAAAGAACCAGAAGAUGAAAAACCUGUAUUGCCAGAAGAUGUUAAAGAAACUGAAGAAGAUACUUCAGUUCCUAUCUGGAGGAGGAAGAAGAAACCUCAAAAAACUAUUGCACCAGAGGUAAAAGAAGAAAUUCCAGAACAAACCCCAGAUGAAAAGUCAAGUAAACAAAAGAAGAAGAUACCCAAAACUAAGGUACCUAAGACAGAGGAUUCAACAGUUGUUGAAGAGAAGACUAUACCUAUUAAACCAAAGUCUGAAAAAUUAGUUCCAAUGAAAUUAGAAACUGUAUCAAUUGAGCCACAUAAAGUUAGUGUUGUUAAAGUUUCAGAUCUUCCACACUUCGCUUCCAUCAAACUGAGAAAAGUAACUCUCCCUCCAAAGAAAGAUGCUCCUAAAACUACAGAACUUCCAAAGGUUCUACUUAAGAGCCGCAUUAAGCACUAUCCAUAUCCUCCUACUAUUCACUAUAUUAUAAUCAAGGAUCUGGAACCAAUAUAUGUUGAUAACGGUAUACUUUCCAGAAAUUAUGAAGAAGCUAAAAAGGUGAAGAAAACAACAAGAAGAAGAGUUAAACUUCCAAAGAGACCGGAAGCUGAAAUUGAAAAGUAUGAACCUUUUGAAGAACCGCCUAAACAACCUAAACCAGAAGCACCUCAAGAACCUAAAGAAAAACCAGAAAAGCCUGGAAAACCUGAGCAACCCCAAGAAGAACCGAGAAAAUUAGUAAUGGGUAAAGGAAAACUGCCUGAAGAACGAGAUGAGAAAGAAAUUGUCAAGUUGAAAAAAAUACCUGAGAAAAAGCCUGAUGAAAAACCAGAAGUUGAAAAACCUUCAAAGAAGCCUAAACCUGAAAAGCCACUUAGUCCGGGCCCAUCUGAAGAUGUAUCGUUUAAAUUAAAACCACUGGAGGAUAUACCAACUGGUGAACGGCCUGAAGAUCUAGAGAAAGCUCCAAUAGAAUCUGAAGAGAUGCCAAAACCAGUCCCAGUAUUAGAAAAGAAAGAAAAACCCAAACCUCAGAAAGUAAAACCAGAAAAACCAGAGGAAGAUAGAAAGUUAAUCAUGGGUAAGGGUAAAGAAAAGCCCCCAGAAGAGGAUGAAGAUAUCAAGUUAAGGAAGAAGCAGGGUCCACCACCAGAAGAGAAACCAGAAACGAUUAAGCUCAAACCGUGGAAAAAGGAGAAACCUCCUCCGGAAGAAAAAGACAAAGAACUGGAUGUUGGUAAACCUGAACCAUUUCCACGUGAUGAUGAUGAUAAGGAAUUAUCUAUGAGAAUACCAAAGGAUAAAGAUAAAAGAACAAGGAAAAAGCCUAAGGAUAAAGAACGAAUCGAAG